CGAUGUCCGAAUAGCGAAUGAUGACAUCACCGACACGUCGACGCAAAUAUAUAGAGAACGCUGCGAUCGCUUGAACACUGUUGGUCACGCAAUGAGAGCGUGUCGUCAAUAUGCCUGAUCAAAACCUACAGACCACCAAAUCCCAAGCCGAGCGCCGUCAUUCGCGGCUCCCCCCAGAACUGCAGCGCCUUGUGGACGAGGAAGAAGACUACCUGUCUGCAUGCGGGGACUUUGAGAAUUCUUGGACGUCCACACGCCCCAAGGAAGAAGCCGCAAAGGCCGCUAGCAACGGACCUAGCAGUGUGGAUGCAGGACGGCAGCAACAGAAUGACGGAACCAUGCAAAAUAUGCUCUUAAGCUUCCGAGAAACAGAAGAAGAAUAGGUACCUUCGUAUGAGCGGGGUCCGGGCAUACGCUAGGCAUUUCCUCUUUCGUAUUUCUCACUGUUUGUUCGUACGGCUCCCCUCGACCGUAUAUUCAACUAGGUUCUCGACCAACUAACACUGCCGGAGUACCUAUGGUAGUCUUCUAUCAUCCAUGAUAACACUUUAAAUCUACAAGGGCCGAGUGCCUUGCUUCGGAUCCUGUUAGAAUUGUCACGAAACAAAGCAGGUCAACAUUCCGCGC